GAGAGCCACUUGAGUGGGUGGGGCCUUACCUGCUAGGUGAAAAGGAACUCUCUUCUCAUUGGCUGAGAGGAGUCUGUAUAUUUCCUCACUCACAAGUAUAGUGUGAGUUGAGUGUGCAGAGAGCAUUGAGAAGGACAGGCUAACAAGAAAAACCUGUGGCACAUCCACUGAAAGAUAGCAAGAGGAGCCUUGAUAGAGCACACACAUAGGAUCUCGUACUGAAGACAUCAGGGAAUAGAGAUGGCAGUCAGUUCAUUUCAUCGUGGACAAUGGUCCUCCCAGUCCUUGCGUGUAACAGCAAAGGAACUCUCUAUUGUUGGUGCGCGUGGCAAAAACCCUGCCAUUGCGGAAAGAUUCUCAAAAUACCAGAGGGCAGCAGAGGAAACGAGUUCAGACAAGAAAAAAUCUCUGGAGAAAUCAACUCUUUCCGUGCACAGCGGCAAUUUAAACAUCCUGAAACAGCUGUGGGAGCGGCCGUCAGCUGAAACGCCUACAUCUCCAGAACCUAAAACUCACUCCAGACAGCAGGCGAACCAUCAGCAACACAAUUUAACCACUGUGAAUUCAGAAGAGCCUGUGAAUUCAGAAGAGCCAGUGAAUUCAUCCAGACCUGUUCACACCCCACAAGAGUCUACGGACAUCACACAACAAGUCCAGCUUAUUGACGGCACAGAACCUCUGUUAGACCGUGACAGUGAGCAGCCAAUGGAGAAGUGGAUUCAGAGAGAUGCAGCGACUUCAGGGGCUGCAAUGGUGUCCACCAUGCCCAUCGAAAAACCCACUGUGCCUCUAAAAAGCCUAAAGAUGAUGUUUGAGAAAGGAGAGCCCCUCCAGAACAAAGUGUCCAGAGAGCUUUGUAAAACUGGAGACAGUGGAUCUGACAAUAUGGAACCAGAAGACCGAGAAAGUCAUGACACUGAAGUGAAAAUGGUGGAGUCCACCCCUCUUAGGGACCGAAUGGCCAUGUACCAGGCAGCUGUGACUAAGCUCGAUAUCUCCUCCUCCCCCGCUAGUGAACCAGCAGACGAUGAAGUUCGCAGUCACAGUGGGAAACAGAAGGAAAAUGUGCCGCCACUCCCUGCUGAUGUGUCCCUACAGGGAUCUGAUACAAUCAGGAAAAGCCCCAUUCCAGACAGGAAAGGCUCUGUUGUGAGUCCUGAACAAAACCAAACUAAAGCCGCCAGGAUGUUUUGUUUGCCUGUUCGCGAAUCCUGCGUGAUGUGCCUUAAGACCGUGUACCCACUAGAAAAACUUGUAGCCAAUCAGCAGAUUUACCACAACACCUGCUUCCGCUGUGCCUACUGCAACACUAAACUCAGUUUGGUGAACUAUGCCUCUUUGCACAACAAUGUCUACUGUAAGCCACACUUCUGCCAGCUGUUCAAAGCCAAGGGGAACUACGAUGAGGGUUUCGGCCACCGACCCCAUAAGGAGCUUUGGGAGGUGAGAGGAGAGGGAGUUGAGGAACAAGUCAAGGAAUCUCCUCCAGAAACAAUGUCUAAUCCCCCAUUAGAGUCUCCGCUGGUCAAGGUAAAUGUUCUGGCGGCAACUUUGGAGACCCAGACUGCCUCUGAGAGGAUUGAGAAGCCAUUGGAAACUGGACGACUGAAAAUAUCCUGGCCUCCACAGUCUGGAGAAGAAAGCACAACCCUUGCAGCUACUGACGGCAGUGCUGUCAAACCCAUUCGCCCGAAAUGGCCCCCAGAGGGCGACGCUGUACCAAGCAAUUUGGAUGCUUCUGAUCUUCCAAAGAUUCGCAGGAGCGUCUCCCUCAAAGAGAGAAGCAAACCUUUCUCGAUACUUGGCUCUGCUUCUCUACCAGUUACCCAGCCCAGAGAGAGAUCUCCAUGCCAAAGAUCUCCAGCAAAUGAGGAAAUGUCACCUGUUUCUUCAACCACAGACACGACCAUCUCCUCAGAGGACAUGACUGAAAUGAACCAAUCCGAAGAGGAAGAAACUGAGGAAGGAAACAAGGAGGAAGAUGAUGAGGAAAGAAUGGAACAAGAGGAAGUGGAAGAGGAAAUUUCCUCGCUGAAAAGCAAAAGCAGCUCGCUGGUAAACAGUUCUGCUCCAUCGCCUGAGGCCGAGUCUGGCUUGGAUUCAGAGCAGAACCAGACCUCUCAGGAUGUGGGCUUCUGGGAUGGAGAGGAGGCAGAGGAAGAUCGAAGUGACGUCACUGUUGAGGAUCUGAUUAAGAGGAACCGUCAUUAUGACAAUGAGGAUGAAGAUGACGUUGUUUGAGUGAAUGAAAUAGUCAUUUAUUCCUUGAACCAAUGUAUUUUAAUGUCGUCUUCGAGUUUCUGUCCUUUUGUGCAAUUUAUUUCUUAAGCUUUUUACAUGUGCCUAUAAAUGUAUGUAACUAAACAAAAAACGAGUAGUUUUUCAGAACGUUUCUUUAGAUAAAAUGGUAGCUCUUGAAGGGAUAGUUCACCUAAAUGUUGUUCCAAACCCGUGACAAACCGACUGACUUUCGUGGAACAGAAAAGAUGUUAGGCAGAAUGGUAAGGACUGACAACCUCAGUCACCACCCACUUUUAUUGUAUAGAGACUAAAAGUGCAAUAAAAGUAAAUGGUGACUGAGGAUGACAUUCUGCCUAACUUUUUUUUUUAUGCUCCAUGUAAGGAGGUCAUAUGGGUUUGGAACAACAUGAGUGAGUAGAUGAUGAUAAUUAUUUUGGGGGGAACUAUCCCUUUAAAACAUGGUCAAGUAUAGUUUUAUGAAAUUUUAAAUAAUUUGGUACUCUUAUGUUCUUUUACGUUAAUGGACUAUAGAAUAUUUUCUGCUACUUUGUUCAAUGUCAGAAUAAGAAUGCACAUCAAAAACAAGCAAAAAUAGACCGACUAUGUUUUUUUAUAUUGCUUUUAAGAACUUAAGAUUGGAUCAUUAGGCUUAUCUAUGUUCAGUUUGUAAAGCUCCCCAUCUUAAAAGGAUUGCUCACCCAAAAAUGAAAAUUCUUUACUUGCCCUCAUUUUGUUCCAAACCUUUUUGGUUUUAGUCACCAUUCAGUGGCUUUGCAGGCUUUUCCAAACAAUAAAAGUGAAUGGUGACUGAGGCUAACCCUGUGCCUAACACCUCAUUUUUGUGUUCAGUUAAAGAGAGUCUGAAACAACUUGAAAGUGAGAAAAUAAUGACAGAAUUUUUAUUUUACGGAUGAACUCUCCUUUUAAGAACUAGGAAUGUGAAGGUUUUGUUCAGUUCAAAUGCAUUAUAUUGCCUGUACCACAUUUAAUUGAUCUUGCAACUUCUGAAUGUUUUUAUUGCUUAAUGGUACUAUUUAAUUGCAUUUUAAAUCUUUUUUUUUUUUUUUUUUAAUCACUGGACCAAAUAUCCUGGAAAACUAUUGUUUAA